CUAGUCAUUGCAAAUAUUAGAGAUAGUUUAGAAAUUACUUUUGGGAACAUAUAAUUUGUCUAAUAUAAUGAUUACUUCUUCAUUGUCGGCGGUAGCUGUUUGUAUUUUAGUUUAUUGCAGUGAUGAGUGAAGUUCAGGUGCCACAGACUCGACUGAACAUUCUGAAGUUGUUAUCUACAUCCGUUUUGUGUAUAAUUUAUUCUUAUGGCAACACUGAAUACCGAAUAAUCAAAAAAAAUCAGUGAUCGACCGUUGUAAAAUUGACAGUUGUCAUUUUUUAAAUAGCGUUUAUGAAAAUACUUCUACUUUGUAGUUUAUUUUGUGUUUAGUUUUUUAAAUGCAUGACUGUGACUGUAAAAUCAAUGUCUAAUAAUUUUUAUAUGAAAUCCAACAGUAUAACAUAGUGGACUCAUACUAGUAAUAUGGUAAUUUAAGACUAGUGUUAUUGCUAACAUGUGAUAUCUUGUUGCAAAGUGUUUGAUUCAGCACCAUACAUUAUUGAUACUGAUACAUAAAACCCAAAAUGAGUUGUCCCGAUAUUAAACUCAUAGAAAGACUCAGACAAGAAAAUUUAGAACAGUUUUUUACUUUAGUACGGAUGCAUUUAUCUUUUGUUGUUGAUAUAAACACAGAUGAUGUUGAUUGUUCAACUGAUAAACCAAAACAAUUCCGAUGGAAUUUUCACAAAAAAACUAAAAAUCCAGGAACAACACCUAAUCAUAAUGCAAACAAUACCAAAAAUAAUGUUGAAGCUAAUUCUAUCACUGAAGAAGGUAUUUCCAGAUUAAAUGAACUUAUUGCCUUUCUGUCAAAGCCUGAAAAUGUUACCCAAGAAGGAAUAUUUCGUAGAACAGGCUCAUUGAGUCGUCAACAGGAAUUGAGGCAGUUACUACAUACAGGAUCAAACUUGGGUCUUGAUGAUAGUAAAUUCUCUGUACAUGAUUGUGCUUCAGUUCUGAAAGGAUUUUUAGCAGAUUUACCUCAACCUCUACUUAUGGAUCAGUAUUAUCAAACAUAUUGUACCUUGGCAGCACAAUAUCCACCAAAUGCCGAAUCAUCAGAGGGUAAACUAUUGACAGCUCUACAGCUUUUGUUGUUACUGCUUACACCAUCACAUCGAAGUUUUCUUGAAAGACUGUUAAGCUUGUUGCGUCUUGUAGCGGAUAAUGAAGCAAGUAACAGAAUGUCACCAGAUACACUGGCAACAAUGUUUACACCACACCUCUUAUGUCCGAGAAAGCUGUCACCAGAGAACUUUCAUGCAGAUUCAAUAGCUAUGUCGCCGGUUAUUAGCUUCAUGAUACGUCACUCGUGUAGGCUCUUUGAGGCGCCCUCGCAGCUCGCCACAGAUUCAGCGGCGUACUUUGCUCUACGGGAGAGAAAACGGAUCAUGUCGCCCGAUGUGGAUUUGGAUGAAAGCAUUACUGAUAGGACAGCAGCAAGCACGGUGUACACAUUCGUGGACCGUCACCGAACACAAGUCGAGAACGAGACGAACCCAACGGAUACUGCGCUUGCGCAACUUUACGCCCAUAUUCAGGCGUUGCCCGACUCACAGCACAAACGACGGCUUGUCAAACACUUCAAUAGACAGAAUGGAUAUGGUACCCCAAUACAAAUACAAAGAACGGGAAAGGUUGCCGGUUCGAGAAGUUUUGGCGAUUCAAUAAAACGCCAUAUAUUUAAUAAGGGAAUUUUAAACAAAACACCAAAGAAAGGAUCAACUUCCAUGAUCCAUGCUAUAGAAGAGAAGUGCAAAGGAAAAUUGAAAUUCUCUGACGAUAGCAAAGAUGUAUCUCACAAAAAUAUCGUUCUUAAGAAUUUAGCCAACAAAAUGGCGAGUUCCGAAUCUUUAGAUGACGAUUACGAGUCGGAUGUUAGCAACGAAAGCACAUUAUCCGAAGGCGCUUUAAGUAAAUCUAGGAAAAUGAGUCCGAAGUUUGUUUCCGAGCCUAACUUAAGCGCGUUGGACUCGAACGAUGAAACUCCCAAAAACACAAAGAAACGUUCAAGGCUGUUUAGAUCCAAAGUUGUCUCGCAGCAGAGCAAAAAGUAUCAAAAACGUUCCAUUAUACGCAGCACGCCGACAUCCUGUGUGUCAUGCUUUGAGGACCAAGAUACAGAUAACGAAGUUUGUACCCCAGAAACAACGCCGAAGAAAAAUAUACUCUAUAGCAAUGAUUUAGAAUUGAAAAUUAAUUAUUUGACAUCCACACCGGGGGUGUCUGAGGUUUUUGAUGAGGAAUGUUCGACGCCGUAUUCGAUUAACUUUAGACGCGCCUCAAUGUCGCCUAUAACUCAGUCCACACAGAAGUUAUCUAAAGCGAUGCAGGAAUCAAUAAUGACGCCACGUUCUCGCAAACCUUUAAUAAUAACAACGUCGGAGCAGCGAGACAUCCCCGAGACGCAAGACAUUUACCAGUCUUUGUCUCCGAAGAACGAUAGUGAUUUCGUCUCUUCCGAGGACGAGAUGACUCGAUCUAGUUAUUCUUGUGAAAGGUCAAACUCAGCAAGUGCAUCGCUACCUCUAAAGCAAUUCGAUUCUCGAUCGAAUUGUUCAGACUACAGUCUAUGCGCACCAAGACUAUUCACGAACGAGAGAAAUAACGAUUUAAACACAACACUAAUCGAUGAUAUACCAAAGAAAUCCGAAGACCAAAAAUCGUUAUCCGGCCCAUUUCGGGAGUAUUUAUUAAGUAGAUCGGUGUUGACCGCUACGCCGAUCGAUCUAUCGAUUCUAAAUAAAUCGAAUGACGACGACAGGUUGACUGAUUCGUUGUUAUACUGUUUGGAUGGUAAUGUACCGUCAGAUUUAACAUCGUCCAUUGGCAAUUUGGCAGUCGAUAUAUCGAAUCGGUCACCGCUAAAACAUUUGAACUGCGAGUUAAGUCCAAACAGGAAGAGAUGUGGGAGUACGAUAGAUAGUAUGGAGAAUAAGAAAGUGAUGAUUGAGAAGGAAAAUUUAAAUCACUUUGAAUUACGGGAAACUGAUUUGUAAAACGCAGUUUUCGUCUACUUUGAAAAUGAUAAAUGAAAAAUUUGUUUGUUGAAUGUGGAAGUUAGAUAUUUGUUAAUUUUGUGAAAGCUCUCUGUUUAAUUAAGACGUCGCACAGUGAAUUUGCGUAAUUUUUACCUCCAUUUAAGGUGCCUUAAAAUAAUUAUUUUUGUUUUGUAAAUAGCGUGUACGUAUCGUAUAGUCAUUAUAUAUUUGAUAAAACUUGUAUUAAAUAUACCAAAUAAUAC